UCUAAGUUACAGUUACACCAAGUCUCUCCACUACAAACACCUAGUAACGACUGUUGAAGGCUGUGGACUGGCGGCUCACAGUAAAAUGAGUGAGUGGUUUAAUGGGACCGUGUUCUUGGAACGGCUUUGGCCAGAUGCACAGAAGUGGAUGCUGGUGGCUGUGUUGGGACUGGAGAUGGUCAUGGGAGUUGUGGGAAACUGUCUUAUUCUGCUAGUCAAAGUCAUGUGCAGGGGUCAGUUCUGCUGUCGUUACUGGCUUCCUUUCAUCAGUCUCUCCAUGUCUGAUUUAGGCUGCUCCCUCAUCAUCAUCUCCAGCUCCCUGAUGGCCAUGCUGACAGGAGGUCAGAGGUCACCGUGGUGUGAGGUCGUAAGCCUGUUGAAGUUAGCUUUCAUCACCUCCUCUAUAGGAAGCAUAGCUAUCCUCUGUGUGCAGCGGCUGAUUGGCAUGAGCUCCAGAGGAGGCGCACUCUUUGUUGUUAUGGUGACAGCGUGCUUUGCUUCUUGGGUGACAGGGGUGGUGUUCGGGAGUGUUCCUGUUUUCUACUCCUGGAUCAAGUAUGACCCUGCAGAGAUGAUGUGUGCUGUCCUCUGGGAACGCAGUUACUCAGACAUGCUGGUCUACAUUCUCUGUGCUUUUUCUAUCUGUAUCUUCCUCCCCUUCCUCUUCAUCUUCCUCUGCUCUCUACUGAAGGCCACUGUCUGCCGCUCGAGCUGCAAUAGGUAAAGCCCUCAGGGCAGAUUUUUUCAAGUGACACAACACAAAGUGGAAAGUAGUCAGAUGAUGUUUUAGUCAUUUAAAAAUGCAAUAACUGAUGUUGGAUAUGCCAGAGGAUACAACUUGUUUAACCAUAGAGCAGGUCAGGAUUAGUCCUGCAAUCCUAUAGUGUUGCUAUUGAUUUUGUAUUGAACUGUGUUAUCUAUGCUGCAUUGUGUAUGAGAUCAUUCAGUGAAGGCAUCACAGUUCAAACAGUACGUUUAACAGUCUGUAAACACAUCAUCGUUCAGAUGCACUGCUGAUUCUGACUUUCUUCAGGUAGGGAAUAAGUUCAUCUUUUGCUGAAACAAGCUAUUAUGUUCAGUUCAGUUCCUUUCAGUGUUGAGCUGCCAACUUCACUCUCUGUCACCAGUGAGGAGCUCCACUGCGAAACUGAUUCAGUCAGUUCCAACGCUGAUUCAGUAUAAUCAGUUCUGUUUCCCGAGAGUUGUUCUGGAACUUUGAUGACAUUUUGAUGUACGUGUCAUUUUUCUGUCCCCUAUUGGCUGAAACUGAGAAGGGACAGUCAGGGUACAGUGGCUCUGGAACAACCUAGAUGAGGAAAUUAGGUCGGCUGAAUCAAUUAACUCUUUUAAAUCCUUUGUUAAAACAUACUUUUAUCGAAGAGCCUUUUACAUGAUUUUAUUUUAAGUAUCAUUUUGUCACUUGACACAUGACUUUUAUGUUUUUGUUUUACCUGUUUUUAUUGUUUUAAGUGAUUCAGCACUUUGUAAUGUUGGUUUUAAAAGUGCUCUAUUAAUAAAG